AUGCCGACAACAACCAUCCGGACCCCACCCUUGGAGGCAGACUUCACACCUCUCACCGAGUACCAGGCGCAAACCCCAGAGACCUUCUUCGGCGGAAAACCAGUGUUGCACUAUCAUGCGGCGGACGCAAAAGCCUUCGUCCCGAUAGACGAGUGCGACGUUCUCCCAGUCUUCCCCAAGGAUUCGUCUUCGAGCCCGCCCUCGGGCCCGGAGGCUGCUGCCUUGGGUGCAGGCGCGGAGGGGCUGACGGAGAAGAGGCUUGGAAUUUGGGUAAACUCCGAUUACCCCACCAUCUCCAUCCACGCGCUCAAGACCAUCGGCAGCGGCGACAACCAGAUACACACUGUAUGGCUGCAGAUCGAGAUGGGUGACGGCGGUAGCGACGACGACGACUUUGGUACUGUGGAGCUCACCAUCGUCCCUCCGACGGCGGGCGACGCGGCGUCGCAGCAAGCCGAGGCAAAGCGACUCUUCGAUGCCAUCUCCACCUGCUCCAACCUGCACCCGGACCCGGUGGAGGAGGGCGACGAGGAAGACGAGGAAGACGACCGCAUCGUCUUCGAGAGCAGCCACGAGUUCGAAGCCCUGGCGGGUUUCACGGGCGUGAUGAGGGGGACGGACAACGGGGGUCUCCCGCCUCCCAUGCCAGGCAGCUCAGGUUGGAUCACGGCGGAUAAUGUGCACGAGUAUUUUGACGAGGAGGGCAACUGGAUAGGAGAGGAGGGCACCAGCGGCGAGCUCGGGGACGGCGCGGGGAGGGUCCGGAACCGAGACGAGUCCAACGGCGACAAUGUAAAUGGUGAGGGCGCGGAGGAAGACUCUGAAAACAAGCGUCCGAGGGUGGAGUAA